AUGGAUCAAGAAUUAUCGGAGGAAAAUUCCAUCCUAUAUGAUUUACCUAAGAUACGGAAAUUGUUUCCGGAAACAUGGGUUUGGAGCAACAUGCAAACUCGGGAUACCGGAGAAGCUAUUUUCGAAGCAGUUGCACCGGAUACAAUAACAUCCUGGAUUGCGAGCGCUUUCGCUAUCAGCGAUGAAACUGGUCUUGGUGUUGCUCCAUCAACUUCAAAGCUAACAGUAUUUCGCCCAUUUUUCAUUCGUAUCAAUUUACCGUACUCUGUGAAGCGUGGUGAGAAAUUCGCUUUGCAAGUGUUAAUCUUCAAUUAUAUGGAUAGUGAACAAGAUGUCACAGUAAUAUUGAAAGAUGGCGAUGAUAUUGGUUAUGAUUUUCUACAAAAAGACGGUACUACUAAGAAAUUUAUCAGUAAGGAUAUGAAAAGUAAGAAGCACAAUGUAAGAUUGAUAUCAAUACCGAGUGGUGGUGUAUCCAAAGCAGUUUACUUUCCGAUUGUACCAACAAAAAUUGGUAAUGUGAUGCUUUCCGUGACGGCGAAAUCUGCUAUAGCAGGUGAUGCGGUAGAACAAGUACUGCGAGUUGAGCCGGAAGGAUAUCGAGUAGACAGGAAUACUCUUGUAAUGAUCGAUUUAACACAGACGAAUGGUACUGGCAAAAUUAAAAAGCAAAUAGAUAUGCAAUUUCCAAUGGAUGCUGUAGAAGGAUCUCGGAAAGCACGAUUUGACGUCAUAGGUGAUUUGUUAGGUUCAGCUCUCGCUAAUAUCGAUUCUCUCGUACGUAUGCCUCAUGGUUGUGGUGAGCAGAAUAUGAUCAAUUUUGUACCAAAUAUUGCUGUACUUCGUUAUCUAAAAAUCACCAAACAAGCAGGAACCCAAAUUGAAAAUAAAGCAAAGAAGUACAUGGAAUCGGGAUAUCAACGGGAACUUACCUAUCGGAGAAAUGAUAAUUCAUUCUCAGCGUUUGGUCAAAGCGAUAAACAUGGAUCAACUUGGCUUACGGCAUUUGUUGUUCGAUCUUUCAAACAAGCUCAACAAUUCAUUUUUAUCGAUGAGCAAAUUCUUCAAAAAUCAAUUGCAUUCUUGAACGCUCAACAACAGCAGGAAAAUGGUGCAUUUGCAGAACGUGGUGAGGUUCAUCAUAAAGCAAUGCAAGGUGGUGCAGCGGAAGGUGGCGUACCAUUAACCGCUUACGUAUAUGCUGCACUUCUCGAAAAUGGAGUUUGGGAUGAAAAAGCACAACACUAUUUGGAGCAACAUCUCGAUGAAGUCAAGAAUGAUCCAUAUUCAUUAGCAAUUGUCACCUAUGUAUUUCACUUAGCUAAUAGCACCAAAAAAGAGGAAGCAUUGAGAAUGCUCGAAUCUCACAAAAAGGAAAAUGCUGAUGGUAUUUAUUGGUCUAUGAAAGUCGGCCAGGAGAAGCCAAAGGAUACACAGCAUUAUUUCUAUCAGCCAAAACCGGUGGAUGUGGAAAUGACAGCCUAUGUUUUACUUACUUAUAUGAUAAGAGAUGAUACUGAUAAAGCUUUCCCUGUGGUGAGAUGGCUUACAUCACAGCGAAAUGCAUAUGGCGGCUUCAGUAGUACGCAGGAUACAGUGAUGGCAUUACAAGCUUUGGCUGCUUAUGCAGCCAAAAUUUAUUCUCCUGAACUCAGUGUUAACAUUAUGAUAACAAAUGGUGUUGAUAAGCACAAUUUCAAAAUAGCAUCUAAUAAUGCUAUGGUACUACAAAGUUAUCAGCUAUCAAAUUUGGACAAAAGAUUAGAGCUGGAAGCUCAAGGUAAUGGUGUCGUUCUUGCACAACUACAGUAUUCAUAUCACCGUACCACAAUGAGAGACGAUCUUCCGUUCUAUUGUACAAAAGAAGUUCGUGAAUUGCACAGCGGAAAUCGAUUACAGCUUGAUCUAUGUUGCAACUACACUAAACCAAAUUCACGUUCCAAUAUGGCAGUUGCUGAAGUAGAUGCUUUAUCCGGAUUUCGUUUUGAUGGUGAUCAACUUGGCAACCUUAUGGAUAUUGGCGAUUUGCAGAGAGCUGAAUUGGAUAAAGAGGAUACUAGGAUGAAUUUAUAUUUCAAUCCUAUUGGCUCAACACCAGUAUGUCUCUCACUAUACAGUGAUAUGGUUUAUCAAAUAUCAGAACAAAAACCGGCGCAAGUUGUACUCUUCGACUACUAUGAUCCUGAACAACAGGUAAAGACAACCUAUAUGGCCAAGCAGACGAGAUCGUUGCAGGAUGCUUGUCCAGAAUGUUGGCCAGUAGUUGACCAUGACGAAAAAAGUUCAGGUAUUCUAUCAGUGCGUGCUGAAGCCUCCUCAACUAUUAUUACUACCAAAUUGCAUGUUAUCAUAGUGUCUGCUUUACUUAUUUCAACUAUUAGGCUAUAA